AUGGAAGAUAUAACUGUACCCUUUUCUGAAGUUCACCAUGUUACAAUUGACAAACUCGGUGAUGUACCAAUAAAAAGAGGUAAUUUUCAAUUACUUCCUUCACAUGUUCAAACAUGGCUUGCACAGAUGAUUCAAUUAUGUACACCUCGUGAUAUACACAUUUGUGAUGGAUCCGAUGAAGAAGGUGAAAUAGCUACAAAACUGUUAGUUGAAAAUGGUCAAUUAUCACCAUUAAAAAAAUAUCAAAAUUGUUAUAUUUGUCUAACAGAUCCUCGAGAUGUUGCUCGUGUCGAAUCAAAAACAUUUCUUAUUACAAAAGAUAAAUUUCAAUCCGUUCCACAUUCACGUGAAGGUGCUAAUUGUGUUCUUGGUCUAUGGAAAUCACCUGAUGAAAUAAAAAAGGAUAUUGAUGAUCGAUUUCCAGGAUGCAUGCGAGGACGAACAUUUUAUGUUAUUCCAUAUAGUAUGGGGCCAAUGGGUUCAUCAUUAAGUAAAAUUGGUGUAGAAAUUACUGAUUCAGCUUAUGUAGUUCUUUCAAUGCGAGUUAUGACUCAUGUAUCAUCAGAAAUCUGGAAAUAUCUUCGAAAUGGUGAAGAAUUUGUUCGAUGUCUUCAUUCAGUCGGUGUUCCACUUCCUACUACACAAUCAAUUGUUAAUAAUUGGCCAUGCAAUCCUGAAAAGACAUUAGUUGUUCAUUUUCCAGAUUCUCGAAAAGUAAUGAGUUUUGGAUCUGGUUAUGGUGGAAAUAGUCUACUCGGUAAAAAAUGUUUUGCUUUACGUAUUGCUGGUCGUAUUGCAUAUGAUGAAGGAUGGUUAGCUGAACAUAUGUUAAUUAUGUCAGUAACAAAUUCGCAAGGUGAAGAAAAAUUUAUUGCUGCUGCUUUUCCAUCUGCAUGUGGAAAAACAAAUUUAGCUAUGUUAACACCAGCAAUUCCAGGUUAUACAGUUCGAUGUAUUGGUGAUGAUAUUGCUUGGAUGAGAUUUGAUAAAGAAACAGGUGAAUUACGUGCCAUUAAUCCUGAAGCUGGAUUUUUUGGCGUUGCACCUGGUACAAAUAUGAAAACAAAUCCAAAUGCAAUUUUAACUUGUUUACAAAAUUCAAUAUUUACUAAUGUUGGUGAAACAGCUGAUGGUGGAUUUUAUUGGGAAGGUCUUGAAGAAGAAACUCCAGCUGGUACUGAAAUAACUGCAUGGACUGGUGAAAAAUAUAAAUUAGGAGAAGAUAAAACAAAAAAAUCAAGUCAUCCAAAUGCACGAUUUUGUUGUCCAGCCCGUCAAUGUCCAAUCAUACAUGACAAAUGGCAAGAUCCAGCUGGUUUACCUAUUUCAGCUAUUAUUUUUGGUGGACGACGACCAGAAGGUGUUCCUUUAGUUAUUGAAGCAUUCAAUUGGACACAUGGAGUUUUUCUUGCUGCACAACUUAAAUCAGAAUCAACUGCUGCUGCUGAACAUACUGGAAAAAGAAUUAUGCAUGAUCCAUUUGCUAUGCGACCAUUUGUUGGUUAUAAUUUUGGAAAAUAUAUUCAACAUUGGCUUGAUUUUGAAAAAACUCCAAAUAAUAAAUUACCUAAAAUCUUUCAUGUCAAUUGGUUUCGUGUAGAUGAAAAUAAAAAAUUCCUUUGGCCUGGAUAUGGUGAUAAUAUCCGUGUACUUGAUUGGAUUAUUCGACGAGCUAAUAAUGAAGAUGUUGCUGAACCAUCAGCUGUUGGUCUUUUACCUAAAAAAGGUUCACUUAAUCUUCAAGGUCUUAAUGUUGAUUGGGAUAAAUUAAUGGCAUUACCAAAAGCUUAUUGGGUUGGUGAUAUUGAUGAAACAUUACAAUGGCUUGAUGGUCAAUUAGGUGAUGAUUUACCACAAGCUAUCCGUGAACAAAUUCAAAAACAAAAAGAACGUGUAGCGCAAUUAAGCUAA